CAAGCAAAGUAAGAUUAAGUAGAUGGAGGGGGCAUUGGUCUUUAAAACCAGGCCUGACUAUCCUUUCCCUCCAAGUGGAGAAUAUACAGAUGUCAGGAAUUAAGCUUCCAGUGGUCUGGGAGGUGGCGCAGUUGAUAAAGCGUGGACUCUCAAGCAUGAGGUCCUGAGUUCAAUCCCCAGUAGCACAUGUACCAGAGUGAUGUCUGGUUCUUUCCUUCUUUCUGCCUAUCUUUCUCACUAAUAAAUAAAAUAAAAUCUAAAAACAAAAGAAAAAAAGAAUUAGCUUCCAGAAACAAAGCAAAUAGAAAAGUUCAAUAUACCCUGGACAUUGCUUGCAGAUGCUCACUAUACAUCCUUCCUGGUGGAUACCUCAAGAAGGGUCGAACUGGGAGAAGAGAGGUGUGAGACACCCAGGUUUUCUUGUUGCACCCUUUCACCUGCCUGCCCCACCUGCCCCCCCAAAAGGUCAGAAGUCACGCCAGCUCCCCCCCCACACACACACACCUACAGGGAUAGAGAUGGAAGGGGCAUCUUGCCCAGCCCCGCAGACAUCACUGCAGUCCAAGGACUAGCGGGACAAACAGGAAAAGAAAUCGGGACGACAGCUCUCUCCGCACCAAACAGGCCGCACAAACCCGCCGCGGGACCCUCUCACUCACAAGCCCCCAAGCGGCCGCUCUCCUCCCCGCGCGGGUCUGAGCGUCCAACUGUGGGCGGUGCGGCUCUCGCCUCCUCUAACGGUCCCGCCAGCUGUGACGACACGCGCGAGCGCCCGCGAGAGGCGAGACCGGCCCUCGGGCCCUCUGGGAAAUGUGGUCUCGCGCGGGACCCACGGAAUCCGCCUUAAGGCACCGGGUUCGGGGCCACGCGAGACGACCGCUUCAGGGACUCGCGCGUCACAGAGGCGAAUCGCAGCCCUUCGCCGCCUCUUCGCUGCCUCCUCACUGGUGUCUCUUGUAAAGAACAGAUUACUAGCCCUGUCCUCUUUGUCUUGUUUGACUAUCAUUUCAAAAGCUUGGCAUUGUCAAGACUGCCCUUUUUGGAAAAGAAGAGGAUAUGACCAGUUCUCUUGAAAUAGUGACAUUUAAGGAUGUAGCAGUGGACUUCACCCAGGAGGAAUGGCAGCAAAUGAAACCUGCUCAGAGAAACUUGUAUCGGGAUGUGAUGCUGGAGAACUAUAGCAACCUAGUCAUAGUGGGCUGUCAAUUCACCAAACCAGAUGUGAUCUUCAAAUUGGAAAAGGAAGAGGAGCCAUGGGUGGUAGAGGAAGAAAUGUUUAAGGGGCAUUGUUCAGAUUCUAGAAGAGGAGGAAGGAAAAGCAUCCAUACAUCAGAAGUCAUGGCAGAGGUACAGGGUGUGAAGUUCAAAGAUGUGGUCAUUUACUUCUCUCAAGAGGAAUGGGAAUGCUUGCACUUGGCUCAGAAGGUUUUAUAUCAAGAAGUAAUGUUGGAGAAUUAUAAUAACCUUAUCUCACUGGGACUUUCUGGUUAUAAGCCAUAUGUGAUCUUCUUAUUGGAACAUGGGAAGAAUCCCUGGGAAAUUGACAGAAAUGACAUGAAAGAAUGGUGCCCAGGUUCAGAAUCCAGAAGAGAAGCCAACAAUUUAUCUCCAAAGGAGGACAAUUAUGAAAUUAAGUCAUUGCAACAAGAGAUAGCAAAAAGAAAUAUAGCCUCUACCCUUGAGUACACUAGUAUCAAAGGUAACAGAGAAAUAAAAUGUGGGUUGAAUGGACAACAGGAGGAACAUUUUAGACAAGUUAUAACAACCUUUCAAGAAAGGCCCACUGUCAUCCAGCACACGGCUAAUAGAGUACCUCAGACAGUUCAUACUGGGACAAAAUCCACUGAAUGCAAGGGAUCUAAGGAUGCUCCCAGGACACAGUCACACCAUAUUCCACAUGAAAGAAGCCAUAGUAGGGAAAAGGAAUCCAAAUGUGGAGAAUGUAAGAAAGCCUUUAAUAGUAAGUCAGACUUGAUUAAGUAUCAGAGAAUUCAUGAGACCAAAGAAAGUAGUGAAACUAGGAAAUGUGCCUUUACUCAUGAGUCUGAAAUGACUACACAUCAGAGCAGUAAUACUUGGGAGAAACCUCACAAAUGUAAAGAAUGUGGAAAAGCCUUUCAUUCUAGCUCACAACUCAGUAAACAUCAAAGAAUUCAUAUUGGUGAGAAACCCUAUAAAUGUAAGGACUGUGAGAAGGCCUUUCCAACUAUUUCACAACUUAAUUUACAUCAGAGAGUUCAUUCUGAUAAGAAGUACUAUGAAUGUAAAGAAUGUGGUAAAGCCUUUAUCCGUCCCUCACAUCUUGUUCGACAUCAAAGAAUCCACACUGGUGAAAAACCCCAUAUAUGUAAAGAAUGUGGCAAAGCUUUUCGUUAUGACACACAACUUAGUCUUCAUCAGAUAAUUCAUACUGGUGAAAGACGCUAUGAAUGUAAGGAAUGUGGGAAGGUAUAUAGUUGUGCCUCACAACUAAGUCUACAUAAAAGAAUUCAUACAGGUGAAAAACCUCAUGAGUGUAAGGAAUGUGGGAAAGCUUUUAUCUCUGAUUCACAUCUCAUUCGACAUCAGAGUGUUCAUACUGGUGAAAAACCAUAUAAGUGUAAGAAAUGUGGGAAGUCCUACCGUCGUGGUGCAGAACUUACUCGGCAUCAGAGAGUUCAUAUUGGUGAGAAACCUUAUAAAUGUAGGGAUUGUGAAAUGACCUUUACUUGUAGCACAGAACUUAUUAGACAUCAAAAAAUUCACACUGGUGAGAGACCCCAUAAGUGUAAUAAAUGUAAAAAGGCUUUUAUUCGAAGGUCAGAACUUACUCAACAUGAGAGAAGUCACAGUGGUGAAAAACCUUAUGAGUGUGAGGAAUGUGGAAAGACUUUUAGUAGUAGCUCAGAAUUUAAUCGACAUCAAAAAAUUCAUACUGGUGAGAAACCCUAUAAGUGUAAAGAAUGUGGUAAGGCUUUUAUUCGUGGCUCAAACCUUAAUCAACAUCAAAGAAUUCAUGUAAGACAGAGGUGUGAAUAAAAAGGUAUGGGAUGUCUUAGAAUUUAAUUGACAUGUAAAAAUCCAU